AUGUUUCUCGGGUUGUUUUACGUUUGUUUGAUGUUCGCAACUAGUCAUGUUACCUCGAUGUACAGUUCCAAGGCUUUGGAGGGAUAUCCUGCGGGAUACUUAGGAGAUUGUCCCGGAUCAAACAAAGAAGCUAUCAUAACAAAGAAGAGUCUGAAGUAUUUAUCCUUCUACGUUCAUGGACCAGGUAAUAUUCUCACCGCUCGCCACGUCAAAUAUACAUAUUAUCAAAUGCGGGAGCUUGCUCGAGACCGGGACAUUAAUUUCAAGAGAAAAACAAUGCUGUACGUCGGAGGGUUUUUGGACAGCCCCAACUUUCCGAUCGCCAGAACACUCGCCUCUGCCUACCACGAGGUCGGAUACAACGUUUUGUUGCUGGACACGAACACAUUCACAACAAUGCAGUAUCCGAUGGCCGUCCGUUUCAUGCAUCCUGUUGGAAGACAUGUUGCCAAGAUGCUGUCAGUACUAAUGGAAGAGGGCUUAGAUCCGAAGAAACUCGAAAUCGUCGGACUUAGUCUCGGUGCACAAACUAUGAGUUUCAUAGCGAAGAGUUUCCAAGAAAUUACCGGUGUGAACGUAUCCAGACUAACCGGGCUGGAUCCAGCCGGACCGUGUUUUAGAAAUCUUGGUCCGGAUCAGCGUCUAGACCAGGUGGACGCCGAUUUUGUAGAGGUCGUGCAGACGAAUAUAGAUGGCUUUGGAAUGGCGGCACCUAUAGGACACGUCAAUUUUUAUAUAAACGGCGGAGAAUAUCAGCCUGGUGAAGUAUUAUGGAUGCCGUGCAAUGUCCUUUGUAGUCAUAUUAGAUCGUUCACACUAUGGGUGGCUGCAUUAAAACACCCAGAUUCAUUUAUAGCGAUGCAGUGCGAUUCGGUGCAACAAGCCAGGGAUAAGAAUUGCUACGAUAGGAAACCUUUGGUGACAAACCUUUUGGGUUUAAAAGUUGACAAAACAAAGCCUGGAAUAUUCUACCUGUCGACUAAUAACAAUUUCCCGUACUAUUUAGGCGAGGAAGGCCUUAAGCGAGAGAACGAUUUUUUUAUGAAGAUGACGAAAACGAUCAACGACAAAUCUGUGAUCAAAAUGUGA